CGAACCGGCCCGAUAAUCACGGCAAUCUCUUAUCACGUGUGAUAACUGGUCGGUCGCGGUCCGCUGAUACGGACGGCGGAAACGAUACUUUGUACAACAUCAUCGCGUAACCCUGCGUUCCGGCAGCCCUUUUCAUGUCCAGUACUUUCAGCUCUAUGGGUUUUCUUCAAUAACCGAGAUUUUCAAUAUCUUCUCCGAGGAACCCCCUUGCCCGCCCGCCGCCUGGUGUUAUAAUCAUGUUUCGUAUCUGUUAUGCGUUCGCCGGAGACCGUUGAUCCCGUGUCAGUUUUCGAAUCAUGUGCGGCAAAAAGUCCGCACUCGUUCUGUACCCGCUGACCAAGCUCACCGGGCUGUUGAGAAAGCAUAUCUCUGAACACGGUUUCCGAGUAUCUAUUUCAGUGGGGUUGGCCAUCAGCACUACCUUAUUGGUAGUGUUAGGAAACUAUUGGAAAAGAAGAAAGUAUUCUAGAGAAUCAGCACCAGUUAUUAAACAUUUCUCUUAUGAUAAGAGAAAAGCAAAUAUGGACAUACCUUCCGUGUCUAGUUUUAGAAUUUUUAGAACAAGUCAUAGAUCACUGAGCCCAAGUAUUAAAUCAACCAACCGGCAAACCUCUGUGGUAUCUUCAACUCAAGAUUCUCCUGGUCAUUGCAAAACAUCUGAAGUGAAGUAUACUGCUCCUCAACAAUUGGGUGUAAUGGGAAUGGAAUCAUUAGCUUGUAGUAUAUCAUUUUGGGAAGAUGCAUUAUCAGCAUUUUCCGGAAAUAACUCGAACAAUGUUUCUAAUAAACUUAUGUCCACUGAAGAUUCUCAAUUUUGUAAAGAACUUCAACUGUUGGUGGAUUCUGCAUACUCUUUACAAGAUCAAUGUCAACUUCUUUUUCUAGAUCAGAGAUCAGUAUUAUUUCGAGUUCAACGUAAUGGAAAUGCUGAUUGUACAAGGUUCGACGAUCGUCGAUCAUCAGUUGACAGUUUUGUAUCAGCGCGCACAGAUGUGGCAAAUUUAAGAGAAUUUGAAGAUUUAAACUUUGAUAACUAUUAUUUAUAUCAAAAUGCUAUGAAAUAUGCAGAGAACGAAGGAAUAUCAUGCAGAAAUUAUCGUACAACACUAGUAAACUGUGCAUCUGAUAAAGAAUAUGUAUGUAAAUUACAUUGUAUUCGACAAUCUUUUGAGUACUUAUUCAAGACUGAAAACAACUCAAUGUGGUUUGCUGACUGUGGAAGACGUAUACUUACUGAUAUAUUUUUGUUUGCUGAAAAAGAUCCUAAAGAUUUUCUUCUUGCAUAUGAAGAAAUGUUAAGUUGGGCAAAAUUUGAUGCACACUGGUUAGAAGCUGAAGCUGAAUUAUCGGCUAGAGGUGUGAAAAAAAUGACAUUUUAUGAUAUUGUGAUGGACUACAUUUUGAUGGACGCAUUUGAAGAUCUUGAAUCUCCACCGUCAUCAGUGAUUGCUGUUAUACAAAAUCGUUGGUUGUCAAAAGGGUUUAAAGAAACUGCUUUAUCAACUGCAGUGUGGUCAGUUCUACGUGCCAAACGCAGUAAAUUGAAAUAUCCUAAUGGUUUCAUGCACCAUUUUUACAAUAUUUCUGAACAGAUGUCACCACUACUUGCAUGGGGUUUCCUAGGUCCAGAUGAAGAACUGAAUAGAAUAUGUCUGUAUUUCAAAGACCAAGUCAUUGAAUUGAUGCGUGAUAUAUUCAGCUUUGAAAAAUGUCGGUACACUACAAAAGAAGAAUUAUCGAAAGAUAUAUUUGAACAAUUUAAAAUAAGAGCAGAGAACAUCAAUAAAAUGAUUGAAAUGAAAUGUACUUUAGAUAUUAAGAGUUAAGUUUUGAUCUCAAAAUUUAGAUCAAAAACAUAACUAUGUGAGGUUACCAUAAUGUAAGGUAAUAAAUCAUAUGACUGUAUAUUAAUUGUAUUUUAACACAUUGGAAACGUUAUUUGUUUUUAAUAAUUUUUUUGUAU